UUUAAUUUGAAGAGGCGCUCAAAGACCUCCCGAAAGUGACGUCGACAGGAGCGCGACAUGGCGCCAUUGACUUGAACAGAGCCGGUGAAGUUGGAAUCUCGUCGCUCGGUGGUGGAAUGGUUGAUCGUCGAGAUGGUACGGAGGAGGAGCUGGUCGACCGGUAUCUGUCGGGGUUAGGUCAGAGGGGAAACCACCCUGAAGAGGAGGAGGUGGUCGACAGGUCGUUCCUCUCGUACCUCUCGGGCCCCGACAGCUACGAUGUGAUGAACGAAGCCCGCUACCUCUUCGAUGAGUUUGAUGAAAGCGUCAUUCCAGAAACGCCCAGUCCGUGUCAGGCCUCGGGCGUGGCGAGCUGUCCUCCCACUAGGGGGGUGGGCUGUCAGCCUAGCAGGGGGGGGGGCUGCCGGUCCAAGCGGCGCCGGUUGGUGGAAGAGGUGGAUGCGUCUCCCUGGCCCUGGCAGAGGAGUUCAUCCAACCAUCCAAACCUUCACCCAUCCCCCUGCACGCUUCCCAGCUCCUCCUCCUCUUCCUCCUCCUCGUCUACCUCCUCCUCCUCGUCUACCUCCUCCUCCCCGUCUACCUCCUCCUCCAGUGGCCCCCUUCCCGUGAGGGAGCAGCCCCUCCUCCAGGCUCGUCUUGUGUCUGAGUUUGAGGCCCGCUGCACCCGUUCUCAGAGCCGGGUGGGGCUCGUGCCCCCCAAGGCGGACCGUACGCUGGGGGGCCCUCGGGACUCUGGGUCUCUGUCUGAGGCCCUUCCUGAUGGUUGGGGGGGGCAGGCCGGUCAACUGGAGGGGCUCCAGGGUCCGGAGUCAGCGGGCCGGCCCGCUCCACCUCAGAGCAGGAAGAGGGGGAGGACACGGCCCCCCAGGGCGGCCCCCCCGACCCCCGGGGAGCCCCCCCCCGCCCCCCCAACUCCCGGGGAGGCUUCGCUGUCCUUCCUCACGGCGGAGGAGCGGCGCUGGAUGAACGGGGAGAAGCUGGGAGAAGCGGCCGGACCGCUGGUGGACGUCUCUGGCAGUGAUGAAGAGGAGGCUGUGGUCCGCACACUUCAGCUAGAGGAAGACGAGGCCACGGCUCGCAGCCUUCAGGAUCAGUUUGACCGAGAGGAUGUGAGACCCCACACAGUCCAGGGGCAGAACCCCUACAUGGAGCCAAGAUGGACGCCUGCCAGCUCCUCCCUACAGGGUAUCAUGGCCGCCUUCCAGGACGAGCUCAUUGGUCGGCCCAGGGGAAGGGGGCGGAGUCGAGCAGCUGGUCGACGAAAUCGGAUGACGCCAGAUCUGUCUGCAGACCUAGAGGGGAACAACUAUGAGGCCCUGCUCCAGUUCGAGGAGCAGCAGGGAGCUGUGGUCAACAGGAUGCUGAUGAGCCGGCAGCAGAUCGACCGCUUCCCCACCAAGACCUUCAGCCCCGCCCCCAACGCCGCCGCCGCACAGUGUCACAUCUGUUUCUGUGACUAUGCCGACGGGGAACAGCUGCGGAUACUGUCGUGUUUCCAUGACUACCAUGUAGCAUGCAUCGACCGCUGGCUGAAGGACAACGCCACGUGUCCCAUCUGUCGGGCCAACAUGACGGAGAGCUGAGAGGACCAAG